AUGAAGACCAACCUUGUCUACCUCCUGACCUUCGUGGUCUCCGUGACUGCCUCCGCCAUUCCCGGUCCCAAUGCUGUGGACAGCGCUGUCUCUGACAAGCACCUACUUGUGCGCGAUGACGGCAUCUGCCACAGCAGCAUUGAUUGCGAGGGCGGCCUAUGCUGGGAAGGUAUCUGCAUUGACAGCCGUUGCCGCAAUAGUGGCGAUUGUCCCGACGACUAUUACUGCUUGCGUGGAAACUGCAACCCAAUCCCUGGUCGUGAGAGGGAUGUAGACGCGACCCAGAUGCUGACGGAGCGCAACGACCCCAAAUGCCACAGCAUGGAGGACUGCCGCGGCGCCUUGUGCAUCAGAGGUGUCUGCACUGACAGUCAUUGCCGCCACAAUGGCGAUUGCCCCAACGACUACUUCUGCUUCCGUGGCGAUUGCAACCCGAUUCCUGGUCGGGCGAGAGAUGUGAAACCAUAUAUCUCCGACAAGCACCUGCUGGCGCGCGACGACGGCAUCUGCCACAGCAGCACUGAUUGUGAGGGCGGCUUGUGCUGGGAAGGCAUCUGCAUUGACAGUCGUUGCCGUAAUAGUGGCGAUUGUCCCGACGACUACUAUUGCUUCCGUGGCAACUGCAACCCAAUCCCCGGUCGGGAGAGAGAUGUGAGCGCGGACCAGAUUGACCAGUCUGACGACACUGUCGACAUUGAGAUGUGUCCCAUCAAUGUGACUGACACUGGCCUCGAGGCCCCUCCUACCCCAUGCAAGCAUGACAAAGAUUGCAAGCGCUGCAUGCACUGCAUCAAGGGCCACUGUGGCUACAGACACGGCAAGGCUGAGGACGAGUCUGAACUCAUGGGAAGCGACGGCAACUGA